AUGUUAAAGGCCAUGCUAGUUGGCAAGGGCUACAACCAAAAUGAGGGGCUUGACUAUGGUGAACAUUCAGCCUUGUUGCAAUUAGAUUGUUACGAUGAGGUACACAUUUCCAUUCCUCCAGGGCUUGCUAGACAGGGGGUGAACAAUGCUAAGUAUGAUAAGUGCAUUAGAAUUCAAGUUCUAACUCAAUACAUGCAUUAUUCUAAGGAUUCUCACAUGGAGGCAACAUUAAGAGAAGUCAGUUAUAUAAAAGAAGCUCCUAGUCUUGGACUAUUUAUGCCAGCUGAAAACACCAAUCUACUCCUUGCAUACUGUGACUCUGACUGGGGAUCUUGUAUUGAGACAACAAGAUCACUAAUUGGGUAUUUAGUCAAGUUUGGAGGAGCACUAAUCUCUUGGAAGUUAAAGAAACAAGCAAUAGUGUCCAGAAGUUCAGUUGAAGCUUAA